UUGACAUUUAGAGUACAGUAAAAGGGUAACAUGGGUUUUCCAUCGCUGUUGCAAGCUUUGAUGCCGUUCACUGCCUUUUUUGGAGGAAAGUGUGGUAAAUUUCAGAAAAAAGUGAAAGAAAAUUCGCGCCUUUUGCUCGCCUACAAGUGCAUCUGCAAGGACGGCUAUGUGUGGAGCGGUAAAAAGAAAUGCGUUGCAAUGUAUAUACCACCGUACACCAGUAGGCAACCGAAGAAGCAAACCACACAAAUGAACACAGCCGGAAAUACCAGCAGCACCACAGAAAGGAGCACAACCAGAAAGACCACAAAGACCAGCACCACAGAAAUUAGCUCUACCAGAAAAACCACAUUGUCAAGCACCACAAAACGGAGCACCACCAGAAAAACCACAUUGUCAAGCACCACAAGAAGGAGCACAACCAGUGAUCCUGGUCUCACAACAUCGAGCAAGACAAGUUGGUGGCCCACCCAGUUUCCUACGAAAAAACGGACUCCAAAGAAUGAUAAUGAAAACCUUAAUAUGAAAGACGCUGACUCAAGAUUUAUAUCUGAAAAGAACGACUUCUGGAGUACAUCUGAAACAGCUUAUCAUUUAGAUAUUCCCGAAGCCACUACAGUGUCACUACCAGACAACUUCACAGCAAAUACUACACAAAUUGCUUAUUCAGCACAUAUUAUGAAGCUAGUUACAGCCAGCACCAUGACUACGGCAUUUAGUGGGCACUGGUAUAAUCUGGUGGCUGGAGAUUAUUAAUUUCACAAUAAUAAACUGAUAAGAGAGAAUCCAUGAAGACUUUUCCGGCUGCUUCUAGGACUUUUAGACACAUCCUUCCGUUUCUAAUUACAAAUGUUCUUCUUGCAAAUUCCAGCAUCCAGAAAUGAUCUUCUUCAGAUUAUUAAACCCAUCAUAAGUCCGUAGAAAGCAUUUCCCCACUGCUCGCAAAGCUCCCCGUUAAAAACUUGAAGCCUUGCAAUAAUCAUUGGCUAAAACCUAAAGCUGGGACUUAAGCACCUACGGACAGAACUUCUAUAGCUAG